UGUUCGUCUCAUUGUGCAGCGCAACAUAGUUAUACAAAAUUACUGGAGAAAAAUGUCUUUCUUUUGCUUUCCUUCCCCACAGCAGUAGCUCUGCGUCACUGUAUAUGUACGAUGACUGAACCUCCUAGAAACUGAUACGUGGGCCUACUGUGUUGAGAAUUAGCAAAUGGCUAUAGGCAAAGAGCAACAACUAGCGAUUUUGCAAACUGGCGGGAUUCACCUGUCAGAUAUGAUGGUCAAUGCUUGAGAUGAUUCAAAUUCAGUUAAUUUCUUUAUUCAUCUAUACCGGUAUGUAAUUAGCACCGGUCUACUCAGUUUCCCAUGCACACUUUUUGUUGUUUUUACUUUUUUUUGUGAGUAUAGUUUUUUGUGAGCCUGAUGGACUCUGCAGGAUAACUUAAUUAAGUGGAACCACUCACAUAGGGCCAAAGAACCUCUUUGUCGAAGAACGACAUUCUGGAGGCCACAUAUUCAUAUCCCGCUCCAUUUCUUUGUGCAUCUUUAUACAGGAAAUCAUAAAUGUCCAUGAAAUACGGCAUAGCAGCCUAACGAAGCUUUUGCGCCAGACGAUAUCAAUGUUCAACCCCAAAACAUAAAAAACUUGAAACACGCAGGCACCGAAACAACCUCAAAAGUUGCAGCAUGACCAAAAAUAACCGGAGGGAAUUGCACUUUAAUCUUUAAGGUUUACCAAACGUGACAGAAUCCAAUAAAUCUGCUGCAUGGCUUCGUAACUGAAAUAAUAUGGACCCAAUAGACAGUGGGCACGAACUGGUGUGCAUUGUCAGUCUGGGCCGUGUGACCUUCAAACUGUGCAUGAAGGACUGUCCUUUCACAUAACCUGGUGGGUCGUAGCAUCGUAGGUACUGACUAUUAUACAAGUGUCACAGAGAUUGAAAUAACUUACACAGGAUCUCUGCGUCUUCAAUCAACAAGCUUAUAUACAUCCUAACAUGGCCGCUGUUUCCCUCACAACUUGUCUGUUCGGAUUGCUGGCCCUUUUGCUCACCUGUGCAGGACUGUUGUUUGUAGCAUUUGUGUUGUACCUGCAUUACCAGCACUGCAAGUAUGCACAUAUUCCAGCCGUUCCUUGCAAGGGAUGGAAAGGGUUCUUUUUCGGCCACUCUUCACUAAUGAUGGAAUACCGUGAGAGGAAUUUGACCCUUUCCGAUGCCAUCGUUGACAUGAUACAGCAAUAUGGACCUGUGAUACACGUCUUUUUCUUCUUUGCUCCACUCAUAUUUGUGGUGGAUCCUGACUUUGUCAAGGAAAUCCUGUGUACCGACACGCACCCUAAGCCUUAUGCAGUCUACAGGAUAUUCAUAAAAAUCUUCGGAACUCGUUUUCUUGGAAGUGGCCUCGUUUCCGAACUUAACCCUGAGGCGCAUGCGCAAAAACGGGCUCUUCUGAGCCCCGCCUUCCACAGAAAGUAUCUGCAGGGUCUGAUGGGACAGUUCAAUGCAGGUGCAGAUUUGCUGAUUGAAAAACUGAGCCCCAAGGCUGACGGGAAGACCGAGGUUGUAAUGCUGGAUGAAUUAGAUAGAACCACGCUUGACAUCAUUGCGAAGGUUGCAUUUGGAAUGGAUCUCAAUAUCACGCUGGACGACAGUUCUCCCUUCAAGGAGGCGGUGUCCAUGUGCUUUCAAGGAGGAGAUAAAGAGAGCAAAAACCCGUGGCUAGUGUUUAGUCCCUUACCAGCCGCUCGUAAAUACCGAAAGGAGGUCCGGAAAUGCAUCAACUUCCUCAGAGAUACUGGCCGUCGGUGCAUUGAGGAGAGGCUACGAGCCAUGGAGAAACAGGAUGAUGUACCGAAUGACAUUUUGACUUACAUCUUGAAAGAAAUCGACUGUUUCAAGGGAGAAAAGGCGAUUGAUCAGGAAGGACUGAUUGAUGAGUUCGUUACGCUUUUCAUUGCUGGUCAGGAGACAACUGCUAAUCUUCUGAGUUUCACUCUGGUGGAGCUAGGGCACCACCCGGAAGUUCUGCAUAGACUGAAAACUGAAGUGGAUGCGGUUGUUGGCGACAAGGAUUUUCUAGAAUACACUGACAUCAGUAAAUUCAAGUACAUGAUGCAGGUUUUGAAGGAAACCCUUCGUCUGUGGCCGCCAGUGGCAGGAACCAGCAGAGAGCUGGCUUGUGACCUCAUGGUCAAAGGUUAUAAGCUUCCUAAGGGAACUGUAGUGUUGCUAAGUUCAUACGCCAUGGCAAGAAUGGAUGAGUUUUUUCACGACCCGUUGCAGUUUGAUCCAGACCGCUUUAAUGCAAGUGAUGACAGACCACAGUAUGCGUACUUUCCGUUCUCACUCGGUAGUCGUAACUGCAUUGGUCAGCAGUUUGCUUUGAUCGAGGCCCGUGUUCUACUUGCCAAACUGCUGCACAAGUUCAACUUUGAACUCGUUCCGGGCCAGGGUCACAGCGUAUUGGCUGAGAUCACAAUGAAACCCAAAGGAAGAUGCAGAAACUACAUAACGAUUAGGGAAUAGAGAAAUAUGCUUCAGAUGUAAACGAGAUCGGCCAUAAUUCUUAGCAACGUUAGAGGUGGCAUAGGCCUAGUAGUUAAGUUCAUGUAAAUCUCAAGUCAUUUUAAGCAAGCCGUAAGCUAUUCAAAUGAAAUACGAUUUGGCGGGUAGUCAUCAAUGUGUAGAGGCGUUUUGCCUAGUUGAUGUACAGCAGUACACAAAACUUGAUAAUGUGUUCAUCAUGACUUCAUUAAGCAAUUAUUGAGAACCUUAUGUUAGAACUGCAAGGAAUGUGGAACAAAUAUCGAAGAAUACGGUUAUUGCUACAUCUCCGAAGACGGAGAAAUUAGUUGAUCUAAUUAGGCUACUGAUUUGGUCUGACAUUGAGGCAGGGCUUUUACAGAGUGAGAAACCGGAUGCAGUUGCCAUAAGAAACCUAAGACAAGAGAUUCUUAGUCACGCAUCUGGUUUGAUUCACAGAAGUAACCGUGAAUGUGUAAUAUCAUCGUAGGACAAUGACACUGUUAAUCUUGUUAACUUCUGUAUUAAGAAAGGUUCAUUGUCGAACGACAGCACAGCCUUUGUGGGCUUUGCAUGGUUACGUGCCCUGUCGGCAGAACAAUACAAACUGUGUAUUGUUCUCCAAAAAAACGCAACCCAAAAGUAACAUUUGUUUUCUCACAAAAAAAAUCAGAAAUUGUUGUUUUGGGUAGCUCGUUCAAGCCUACAAUGUUUUCUGUUUAAAACUGAAUACUUCAUUGAAAUCCGAUGAUGCAGUGCAGAAAUAAUCUCGAUUACGUAAGACUAUACUUUUUUCACUUCGUCCAAUGGAAUUUAUCGCAGCAAUGAAAAUGCUGAUCAAUGGAAAGACCUACAUAAUGAGAUGCUGAACUGAGCAGGGUUAUGUUGUGUCAUAAUACAAACCUCUUCCAUUGCCCAUCUACAUACAAACAGAGUCCUGAAAUGUUCAAUGUGGUUGAUGUUACAGAAAUGAAAAAGGUCAGCACCUUGUUACAAAUUGACUGAUGUAAAUUGAACAAGCUUAACUGAGGUUGUUUUCUCCGAGACCUCGGGUUCAUUAAAACUGCACAAAUUAUUGAACGAUUCAUUUCAUAUUCUUCUGGUGGCACGUUUUAAAGUUUUUUAAUGUGGUCCACUUGCCCCAGGUGUGGGCUACUGGUCCACUUUUGGAUGAAUUUGUAAUGAGUUUAUAUUCAUAAGUUUUAUUAAUGUAAUUGAUUUCAACUGUUUGCAAUAAAUAAACAAGUGUUUUGGUCAUAUAUUAAGAGCAGUUUUAUCCUUUUCCUUGAUUAUUGAAUAUGGUUAGAAUCAAGAAUAUGCUUAAGUUGUCCAGUAGCCCCAACUUCCCCUACUUCAUACGAAGCAAGCAAAUAAAAAUGGACCGGUCAAUCAAUCGGUGGUCGAUGUUGAUGGGUCCAGUCAAUCAAAUCGCCAAUAAUUCAGAAUAGAAUAGUUGCUGAAAAUAUUUAAGAACCUCUUUUGUUGCACA